AUGCAUGACUCCAGUCACUCCUUCCGAAGCUUAAAAACUCGUCACCAAAUAUUAGUUUUCCGUGAUUCGAGCCCUCCAACGGGACACUCUUCCCAGGGACUUUCCACGGCGGUGCCUUGUCCAUACCCCGUCCGUCUGCCGGCGCUGAGAGCCGCCCUCCUCCUCCUCCUCCUCUCCCGGCUGCGGGCUGAGAUCCUUUAUCCAGCAUUGCCAUCCAGCGGCACCGGCGACAAACGACAGCGCAGCUUGCGGAUGGGAGCGGGGACCUUCUGUGCUUUAAGCGUUCUAUCCGGCGGGGAUGGGGCUUGGCAGGCUGGCCCGCACCCGGCCCUGAUGGAUGGAUGGAACGGGUCAGUCAUUUAUUGCCAGCCGGCCGUAACCCGGAUGUCGCGGAAAAGGCGGCGAGCAUUUAACGUAGCAGAAGCCUGUAAAGCACUUUUUGAGGACAAAGUGUCCUUCUGAAGGAAAAUGCCAUUCAGAGAACCCAGCUGCACAGAGAAUGUCACACAGAGCCACCGCAUCACCUGUGCCCUGGCAGGAGAGGCCGCCUGCACCCUUACCUAUGUCAUGACUUUGCACAAAGGGUUUGAGACCUUUGGGCUUUUCUUCAGGGAGCUGUUCAUGCUCCAGAAUGUCUACUGUGUUCAUGUGGAUGUCAUUCAAGAAGCCAUUUCCCUUCCAGCAGGCUGCUGAUUUCUUGGUGCCUCCCUCAUUUUCUGGGCAAAGAGGGCGGUCUAGGGCAGCACCUCCCACCCAAGGGCUGACCUCCACUGCACGAGAGACCUGUUGGCCUUCACCAUGCCCUGGUGCCACCUACUCAGCUCCUGUGGUCAGGACCAUCCGCUGCUGAAGAGCCCUGGGGGCAAGGACAUCACACCCAGGGUGCUGCCACCUCCCCACAUCACCACCUGCACCAAAUAUGUGCGCAGGGAGCAGUUCUACUCUGCCUUUUCUUUCAUGCUGUGGACAUUUGUGUGCAGAUGUCCUCUGACCACCUGUUUUGGCUCUGUGUCUGUGGCCAUCACCUGGCUCUUUGUGGAGUUCCUGCUGCAGGACCAGUGUGUUCUCCAUCUGCUGGCAUGGCCCAAGGACACCAACAGCCCUGAGGGGCACUUCUGGGUGAUGCCCUGCAGGAUCCCGGAAGCACCUGGUAGGACUCCUGCCUAGAGCUUCCCAGCAGCCCAAAGCAGGGAUAUGAGGAAUGGAAGCACAGUUAAGGAAGUUCCAGGAUCCAUGGCCAGCACAUGAUGGGGAGGUGGAAGUGGUGAAGCAGAUUGAUAUGGAAGAGAGCCAUGGAAAUUGUCAUGAAAGAACAAUACAGUUAUUCACUGUAGAAGAGACAAAACAAUGAUUUCUGGCUGCCAAACUGAA